AUGUCCGUCCACUCCAGCCACAGUGGCCACCACCACCAUCACCACCACCAUCAUUCCCAUCACUCUCACCACGACCCUGCCCGUGCGCCCUCGUACGGCGCCAGGUCCGUCUCGUCGUCAAGCAGCAUCUACAGCGGACACGGCGAUCGCAGCUUCUCCCCCGCCAUAUCGCCCCUCCCUCCUCCUCCGCCGCCCAACGGCGCGGACCCCCAGCUAUGGCGAUGGUUCAGCGCAGUCAACACGAACCACUCGGGCGCAAUUUCCGUCAAAGAGCUGCAGAAUGCUCUCGUGAACGGAGACUGGUCCAAGUUUGAUCUCGACACAGUGAAGAUGCUCAUGAAUAUGUUUGACGUGGAUCGCAGCGGAUCAAUAGGUUUCAAUGGUGCGCGUCUGGUCCCCCCACACGCACGCGUGCACCAGCCUUCUGAUCGGAAACCCGCAGAGUUCUGCGGCCUCUGGAAGUACAUCCAGGAUUGGCAAAAGGUGUUCAAGCACUUUGACAGAGACAGGUCCGGCACGAUCGAGGGCUACGAGCUCGCCGAGGCGCUCGGUAGCUUUGGCUACAACCUCCCGCCUACCAUUUUAACCUUGAUAGAGCAGAAGUACGCAUCCGGCCCAGCGCCUGGGAACGGCCCACCGCCCGGGAUUAGCUUCGAUCGGUUCGUCCGCGCAUGUGUGGUGGUGAAAGCCCUGACAGAGGCAUUCCACCGGGUCGACACGGAUCGUGACGGCUGGGUGCAGCUCAAUUACGAAGACUUUAUGAAGAUUGUGCUUAGCGCGCCGUGA